AUGGCCGGCGUGGCACGUCCUGACUCAAACCACGCGAGGCAUGUGCGGGAGCAGAUGAUGGCUGAUGUGGCGGCUGCCCAGCGUGGCAAUGAUGACGCGCGCCUCCGUGGCCCGGUUGUUGCUAUCACUCCUGCCCACCGAGGACGAACUUUGCCGCAUGCCCAGCCUGUAGAAACGGAAGACAGCACAACUGCGGUGUCUUCCGCGAUUGAUCGCAAAGCCGAGUAUGCGAGCCAGCUGCGGGAGCAGAUGGCUUCUGACGAGGCUACAAAGAAGGCCAUGGAAACCGAAAGGAAAAGUAACGUCUCCAUCGUUUCCUUCGCUGCCGGCCCUGCCAUUGGAGGACACGAAGAAGGUCUCCGGGGCGGUGAGAACGAACGGGUGAAUGAAUCGGUGAGACAAGCGAAGGCCGAAUACGCCCACCAGCUGCGAGAGCAGAUGGCUGCGAAGGAGAACGCACAGCGGGCCGCGAAAGGGGAGAUGGAAAACUCUCGUUCUGCGAACGCUGGGCCGAGCUGGAUCGAGGGCGCUACGGAAGGAAGGGAAGCGUGUCGACGACGAUCCAACACGGAGUACGCUGAGCAGCUUCGAGCUCAGAUAGCAGCACAAAAAAGUAUCAAUCAAGCUCAACAGAGUCUUGUGGCUGCGAGAGUGCAGCCACCGAAGGACAUUAUUGAGCAGGGUGGGAAUGAGAAACAUUACCAGCAGGAGCACCAACAGUUGCUAGGGGGAGUCAACUCGUUUGAUUAUCAAAGCGGAGAACCCGAGCGGCAUCGAUCACAAAUUGACGACCGCCGCAGUCAGGGAAGGCCCAGGACAGAGGAGAAGAUAUCUCUUUCGCGAGGGGAGUUUAACAACCCUUUGGCGACAGCUAGGCAGGAGCGGGUAAAUCACCAGAGGGAGUACGCCGAGGCAUUGCGACGAGACAUGGCUGCGCCGAAGGUCGACUCGCUCGGAAGGCCUAUUGGGGACAUCACCAGCCCCUCCAGAACACGGCUCAGGAACAGCAAUAGCGGCACAAGAAACACCAACAACAACCCCGAAUUCUUCGGGCAGAAUGACGGCGCCCCACGUGAAGCCAGCCAUCUCCAGCUCGGCCCGCGACCGCAAGCGGGUGAGCACGCUCGGGGUUGGAGCCAACAGCCCUUCGAAAGAGAAUGCCUGCGAGAACACGCAACUCCAUACGGCGCUUGGCCGUCAUUUCGGGCUCAAAGCCAAGGACGGUACGAAGUGGGAGAGCACCAACAUAGUCGACAACCUCCUGUCCCCGGAACCAACUACGAUGCCUACGGUAGCAACCCGAAGGGUUACCCGAGCCGUGGCGGCUAUGACGAGCUAGAAUACCCUACGGGAAGACGGGGGAAUGCGACGUGGGUCGCUGAGGGGAUUUCCACCUCCGGGCUUCCUCCCCCUCGGAGAGAAUUCGCGGAUGAUGGAGAACGACGGGGGGAACGUUGGGGCACGAGUGAAUCCUAUCCAGCAACAGGAAGCGGGUACCCCAUUCAUCGUAGCAUAUUGCCGGAGUUUGGAGGCAAGAAUGCCAGGCAGGAGAGCUGGGAGACCACUCACCCCUCUGUGAGGCACGGGUACAACAGAGAUGUACAUCUGGUUCCGAUUAGGGACCAUCGUGAACAGCAGGAUCAUUGGUACUUUGGACCAAGAGACCCUCCCAGCGGGGCUCCAGCAGUGGGGGGUGGGGUUGGGGUACGUUCCACGAAGGCCAGUAAGAUGCACAAUCCUGUCGACCCGGUGGAACUGGCCAAGAUACAAGCAAAGAAGGAGUCUUACCGGAGAGAUCUGGAGGCUCAGAUGGCCGAGCGCACAAAACUCCAAAACCAGCGAAAGCAGGGGAUGCACAGAUCUAAGGAGGCCGAGGUGUUUUACCUGCAGCAAGCUAUGGAAGAGAGAAACGAACGAAACAAAAUGGCGCCCGGUUACGAAAUAGGCCCCCUUGGCGUACCAGUGAUUAAAGACAACUACUCUACAACCGGCCGGGGGCAGAGAUCUCCUGCAAAGAUGCGGGCCGUCGCACCCGCUGCCACGGUUAACAGAGGGCUCGCUGCAUCGUCUGCGAUAGGCCUAUCGAGCACGCCCGUUGGGGAAUCGGUCCCACAAACAAACAGCGACCUUUUCGGUAGCGGACACGAUGGGACAUCGUCAUCGCUACUGCCGCCAUCCGAGGGCGGUGCAGGUGUUGGUGCUCCAUCAAGGCGGGGUAGCGGGUUGAGGGAGCUUCUAGGCAUAGAGACGCGCGCCGAGAGGGACAGGGAGAAAAGCAGGGUGCAGGCUGAAGCUCUCAAGAAACAAGUCGAAGACAACAAGGAAGGCAAGCUUGCGAAAGCACUCGAGGCGGAAAAGCUGUUAAAGGAGGCGGAAGAGGCGAGACUAGCUCACGCGGCUCGCAAGGAAAAGGCAGCGGCGGACUCCAGGGAAGAGGAGAAGCGGGAGGAUGCAAGGGUGGAGAGGGAGCAAAAGGAACUCGAACGAAACCGCAUCAACAACCUGGCAAGCGUGCGCGAUUUAUUAGUCACGACACUCAUGGCGGAAAUGUUGAACUACUCGUCCAGGUACGCCAGGGAGCGGGCCGCUGAAGAGCCCCUCGUCCAGGCGUCCUCCAACCUGGCCGAUUUGCCGGUGUCUGAGUUUCCUACGAAAAAGGGGGGAGGCACCCGUUCCCCGAGGCCGAUCAAUUCACCGCGUGAGCUCGAGGUCAACGAGAAGAGACACGAGGGUUCUGUUAUGAUGCCGCAUCUUCUUCCCGGGCGGGAGCGUGGGACACCGUCCAUUGAAGCGCAAACAGACAACGGCGAACAAAUGGCGGAACCCAGCAAAAUUAAAACGAAGGGCCCCGUCCAAAGAGAUGGCCCAUCUCCUCACCAACCUCCGGCAUCUUCACGGGGCCUCGCUACCCCAAGGGAGGGGGUAUCCAUCGAGAAACUUCGCACCGAGCUAUGGAAACAGAAGCAGCUGACAGAGGUGUUGAGACACGAAGUCGGCCAGCAAGAGGCCGAAAAAAGGAAGCUUAUUGAUAUCGCAAGGGUCGCGAAAGAGUCGGAGGCGGCAGCCCUAAGAGCGGCGUACGAACGUCGGGCAUCCAAGCACCCACCAGCCAAGGAACUCGGAAUCGCGGGAGGUGCGGCCGAAGGCAACGAGUUGUGGAGGGUGCCGCCACCUCCCGCCGUGGAGGGUGUUGAGGGUGAAGGGCGUACACCAAGCCCCAGCGAUCGGAGGCGGGCCGAGAGCACUCGUGCGGCCAAGAAUGCGUGCGUGGCGAACCGAAAGCUAGACAUGGAUGAAACCGCGGAAGAUCGUCUAUUGCUGGCUGGGCUGCGAAGACUGGGUGAUGGCAAUCGAGCACCUGGGGGAGGGUGUGACACUGACAGACUUCGAAAUGGCGGUGAUUCCACAUUCCGAGAGCAAGUGCCGGGUGCUCUGGCGUGGAGCAGUGGUGCAGCCUCAAGCGGUCGUGACGGACGUGACAGCAAAGGCCGACCGUUGGACUACGGCGCAGUCUCCCCAGGGGGUAUUCGGGCCGAGAGUCGGUACGUAUUUCCGGACGGAUCGGUGAGACAGAGGCUGGAGACACCCGCUGCAGAAGGCGGGGUGGGUGGCGGAGGCGGUGGUGGUGGCGUCCCAAUGCCACUUGUUGGGACAUCCAGGAUAGCCUCCGCUGACCUGUCCUUCGCCCUCGGAAUCGACUCUCUUCGAGGAGGUGGCAGCGGUGCCGCUGGUGAUGACGUCGAGAAAGCGUCCGGGCGACGGCGCAGUACCGGUAGGACUGGGAGUCGCGGCAACGAGGGUGGGGAGCACCGAGGGCCAGGGGCUGCACCAGGUGCAGAGUGGGCCCCAGUUGGGCGACCUCCCCGCGCCUUCGUCCCGUUCCUCAACCUUCCAGUUUUGAACGGCAAGGCAAGCGGCAACACCAGCAAAGAGCGGCGAUGGGCUAGUCGUGGCAGCGACGGCAGCGACUCGCCAUCUUUCCUUCCACCGGUGUACUCUGCCGCCGUGAACGGGCGAAGCAAGCGGCGAGGACGCCCUUUGGCGGGGAUCGGGGGCGUUCUUGUCUCGCCGGGGAGGGCGAUGCUCACAGGUCCCGGUAGACCUGGAACGGGAGCGACCUCUCCUGAACGGCCGGCGUACGGAGAGGCGGGUAGCGUGCACCAUCGCCGUCGGCAGUCGCGGCGACGUGCACGCCGCGAGGGCGUCGAUCGUGACAGUAUCUCUAUUGGCGACGAAGAGUUUUCUGACGAUUGUGAUAGCGUGGGGUCUGGAUCAACGGAUGUCGAGUUUUUGCGGCGACGUGCAGAGGCGAAGCUCCAAUCUCUUGAUCGACAGGAAGCCGCGGUAAAAGCCAAAGGGAACACUUUCAUCAUGGAAGCCCAAUGUGCUUUCCGCUUCCUAGCGCUUGCUCUCCUCGCCCGAAAAACAAACGUUUCACCUUCCGCCCCUCCCGUCCAAGCAGAGGAAGAACUAAACUUGCUCGUGGCGUCAUCGCCCGCCCGAGGAACGACUGACGCGACAACGCCCGAAGCGCCGGCAUUGCAUUCGCGGGCGGUAGGCGGGGUAAGGGCCGCUGCACCGACCCAUAACACCGCGCGGCGGAUGAUAAGCGCGGCUAGCAGUAGCAGCAGCCGAUCGUUGAUGUAUUCCCGUCAAAAGAAACGACCAGGAACCAACAAAAGCGAAAGCAGCAUGUUAGGGGAGUCCAGAUGGGCAGAACAACUACAAUAG